ACUUUCCCUUCCUCAUUUUCUCCACUUCAAAACCUUUGUUUGAGAGUGACAAGAAAAUAGCAACUUUUGAAUUCCUUUCUAUUUUAGAGAGACGAGAUCUCAAUGAGGGAGUGAGACAACCAUGGAGGGAAAGGAAGAGGAUGUUAAACUCGGAGCAAACAAGUAUGCAGAGAGGCAGCCCUUGGGCACUGCAGCUCAGACAGGCAAGGACUACAAGGAGCCACCCCCAGCUCCUUUGUUUGAGCCAGGGGAGCUGCACUCAUGGUCGUUCUACAGGGCCGGGAUUGCAGAGUUUGUAGCCACCUUUUUAUUCCUCUACCUCAGCAUCUUGACUGUUAUGGGUGUAAGCAGGUCUAAAGACAAGUGUGCUAGUGUGGGUAUCCAAGGAAUUGCUUGGGCUUUUGGUGGUAUGAUCUUUGCCCUUGUCUACUGCGCUGCCGGUAUCUCAGGUGGACAUAUCAACCCUGCUAUGACCUUUGGACUCCUCUUGGCAAGGAAGCUUUCCCUCACAAGAGCACUAUUCUACAUCAUCAUGCAGUGCCUUGGAGCCAUCUGUGGAGCUGGUGUUGUGAAGGGCUUCCAGAAGACCGAGUACAUGCGCUUGAACGGGGGAGCUAACUUUGUGAACCAUGAAUACACCAAGGGUGAUGGCCUUGCUGCAGAGAUCGUCGGCACUUUUAUCCUUGUCUACACCAUCUUCUCUGCGACUGAUGCCACGAGAAAGGCCCGAGACUCUCACGUUCCUAUUUUGGCUCCACUUCCCAUUGGGUUCGCGGUGUUCUUGGUUCACUUGGCCACCAUCCCCAUCACAGGAACUGGUAUUAACCCAGCCAGGAGUCUUGGAGCUGCCAUUAUCUACAACAGAGACUGCGCAUGGGAUGACCAAUGGAUCUUCUGGGUGGGACCCUUCGUUGGUGCUGCUCUUGCUGCUGCCUACCACCAGAUAAUCAUCGGAGCUAUUCCUUUCAAGACCAGGGCUUGAGAUUCUUCCCACUUUUGAUCUCAAGCAAUCUCUAUGAAUUAUUACUUCUAUUUUCUUCUACAUUUU